UGUCGCGUGCGAACUAUAUCUGCAACGGGGUCAUUGUAACAAUGGGAGAGCAUGGAUAUGGAGCGUGGCGUGGUAGCUAGCUAACGUUAGCAGGCUAGCUAACAACAAUAGUCAGAUUGCUAUUUGGCGCUCUCAGCGGGCGAACGUUUGAAUUUAAAGGGAAGGAAACUAUAUAAAGUAUUGUUUCUUUCUCCCAUUGAUCAUCAUGUUUGGUUUUCACAAGUCGAAAAUAUAUCGCAGCCAUGAAGGAUGUUGCAUUUGCAAAACCAAGUCCUCCAGUUCACGCUUUACUGACAGCAGCAGAUAUGAAGAAACCUUCAGGCUAUGUUUUGGGUUGUCAGAGGAUCGUGUGGGAGACAUCUGCAAUGCUUGUGUGCUGUUAGUAAAAAGAUGGAAAAAACUGCCAAAGGGCUCUAAGAAGAACUGGAACCAUGUUGUGGAUGCAAGAGCUGGGCCUGGCUUCAAGCUAACCAAACCCAAGAAGAUGAAGAACAACGAUGGGAAGAAGAAAAACAAACUGAAGAGGCUUCACAAAUUCAAAAGACAAAACUCGGAUGCCCACAGCACGACAUCCAGCAUGUCUCCAUCCCAGUCCCCCAGCUACGAGUCAGAUGACGGCUCAGACAUUGAGUCCAAACAGAGGCGCCCCACUCCUUCUGUCUUUUCCUUCCUGGACCGUUCUUACUGGAAAAGACAAAAGGUGUGCUGUGGGAUUGUCUACAAAGGGCGCUUUGGUGAGGUGAUGAUUGACCCACGUCUCUUCAAGCCCUGCUGCAGCUCCAAGAAGCAGGAGACGUUGAUUCCCAUGCAGGACACACACCUUCCCCUUCCCGCCAUUCACCCCCCGCCUCUCCUGCUACCAAAGGCCCUGAAAGAGGACUGGUGAUGGCUCUUGAGCAUCCCCUUGGGGUGUCAAUGGCACCCGACAAGUUGUCUCCAGUGGCAGACUACCCCCAAAACCAUUCCCUAUUAGUUCACUGUGUAUUUAGACGGCCAAAUGAUUUUCCUAUUUUUGCUUUGAUAUGUGUUUUUGUUUUUUAUACAUUCAUUUUCUUAUCUUUUUUAAAGAAAACUAAAAAGAACCAAAAAAAAUGUUUUUAUAAAGGCAUUAGUUGUACUAUUUAUAGGAUGGGGAGGCAGAAUUAUAUUUGGCCUUGAAGGGCACACUAUCCAGGUCUGAUUAAUUUGGUUUACAACAUUUAAAGCUUAUUUUCUGUUUUACGGUUACCAGCGUUUGUGUAUAUAUUAUGUUCCUUUUGCCAGCAUCGUCUUUUUAAAGAAACAUUUUACUGUUGUCUAAUUGGCAAUGAAGUGUUCAUGUGCUGAUAUGCAAGACUCCACCAGCUAGAUUUCUAAAAACUAAAAACAACAGCUUAUUUGCAUUGAUGGAAUGGACACUUUCAAGUGUUUUCUUAUACUUAUGUUCCCCUGACACUCAAGCAGAUUAAUUUGAUUUAUAGCAUCUUAAUAUAUAAAGGGUUAUGGGCUAUGAGAGUAUUUGGGGGGGGGGGUCUUCAGUGAGUUUAUACAUUAUGAUUGGCCUUUUAAAUGUAUACAUGCAUGUAUUGUCUCACUCUCCCACACAUGCAUGGUUUGGCAAGAGCUGAGUAGUAUUGUACAUUGUCAGAUUUGUAAACACUCCGUACCAUGAGCUUAUCCAUUGCUUUUCCAGCAAUUUCAUGCAAGUGAAUCGAGAUAAAUUGAGUUCGACCAAGCAUGCAGAACUCAUCUUUGUCUUGGAAUGAAAACCAGCAAAUAUUUAUUUGUAGUUUGUAGUCUUCCAUGAGCUGAAAAUGCACAUUUUAUAACCAUAUUUUGAAGUGUUUUUGUAUAUACACUUGUGAGUGUUGGCUAUGAGAACUAUUUUAAAUUACAGGAUUGACAACUCAUAUUUUUAAAUCACUAAAUGUGUACAGAUGUGAAAAUAUUUAGAUUGAGGUUUUCUUUUAUGGCAUCACUUGUAACUUAUUCAUUGGCCAAUAAGUGGCUAGCCUACUCCCCAAGUUUGUCACAACAUUUCAGGGGGUUGUGUUUGGUAAGGCACAAUGCAUUUAAGCUUUAGCAACCAAUUAUGAAAAUUAGCAGUGUGGUGUUGGACAACUUCCGGCAGUAACAUAGUUUGUGCCUGCUGAAUAACAACCAUAUCUUUGUCCUAUGAGUUGAAGGCUAAAGCAAUACUUACACUAUUAAUGUUCUGUGUUUGUUGGCAUCUUGAUAUUCUGUUAUUGAACGUGUAUUUUAUAAUUUUUGUUUUGUUCAUCGACAGAAAUCAAAUCAAAGCUGAGACUAUGCAGACAUUUUGAAUGUGAGAAAUUACCUAAAUGUUAAAGGAGCAACGUUUGUAAGUCCAUCUCUGCCUCGUAGCAAAUUGAUUUUUCAGCUUUUCAUUUUUUUAAAGUGAUAUUUCAUAAUUAUUAUGCGGCUUUGCCUCAAGGGACAACAUACAUUUAUGGUUAGUGGUCGAGUCAAACCAAUAAGAUGUGUACCUCUGUUAAAUAAUGAACAGUUUUGCAGUAAGUGGCAUGAAUUAUCAGUUUGUUGUCAGACAUGCAGACAGGUAGCCUGAGUGCCAGUCUGUCUGUUCUGUCAUGCCAACUUCUUGUUACUCUUUUUCAUGCCAAACAUUGUAUGGCUUGACAAUGAUAUCAAUGGUGUUUGCAAGAGCACAAACAGAUCUGGCACCUGGCUAGUAGACAGAGUAUCCUGUUGUGCAACGUUAUUUAUUUGCUGUAACUGAACUUCAUCACACUAGAAUGGUUUGUGUCAGUAUACUGUAUAACCUUGGUUAUCAAAACAGUUACUUUUGUGUGGCAGGUUAGUUGAGUGUUAAAAAUCUUUCUGUGAUUCUUAAAUAAUGUCAUUAAAAGGAGAGCUGCUGCUUACUUUUAUCAAGAUGGAAAUUCUAAACGGUUUUUGUAUAUAGGGAAACGCCUAUUUUAUUGCCGUUUGCGUGGUACAUUUGAUCAUAUGAGGUGUGCCUUAUAAGAAUGAACGUUCCUUUUACAUUAUGAAAUUCAACCUGUAAUGUAAUUUAAUAUGUAUUUAUUUCAAAUCCAUUUGGAAAACUGAUUCUGUUAAUUGAACCGUUAGGACCUUCAAGUCAUUUUCAUUUUGUGCACUUUCGAUUUUGUUAUGUUUUUGUCUAUAUUGUUAUUGUGUAUCUCAAAAACUACGUUAGUUCUGUCUUGUAAUAAAACAUAAAUCCUU